GCUGGACGGCUGGGAUUCCCAGAUGCCCUGGCGCGGGGACCGGGGUAAUUUCUGACCGCACAGGAAGCGGAAAUGACGCAGAAGACACGGCAGUCGUUACUAGAUGAAAACGAUCAACUGAUUCGGUGCAUUGUAGAAUAUCAAAAUAAAGGAAGAGCUACAGAGUGUGUGCAGUACCAGCAUAUCUUGCACAGAAACAUUAUUUAUUUGGCUACUAUUGCUGAUGCAGCACCACCCACUGUGCAGAAAACUGACUGAUCCCACAAACUUGGACAUCCUUCAGUGGUGCCUAUAUAAAGCAAGACGACAUGAUUGAAUUGGAGGAAUGCUAAGGCUCAGAGGAAUACAACAUUCCCUCUUUGACUGGCUAAAAGAACAAGCUUUGAUAGGGAUCAUCUGGGAAUCCAAGGGCCAUGAUUCAUGGGCAUUAGGGAGUAGAAUAGGAAGAGAAUUGCUAGGGCCUUGCAUGUUGUUAGUGGUGAGCUGAUAAAUAUGUGGAAGAUGCCUUGCAACCAUCUUCCCCUUUCUUGGUUUGAGAGAAAAAUACAGCUUUCCUGACAGUGCUGCCACCUAAAUCUUUCAUGCUUCUGUGAGUAUAGGUGACAAUAUGGAGCAGUAUCACUGAACCCCUAACAACCUGAAUUUCAUCAUGUAUUCUUUUGGAAAAUGAGCUUGGUGUAAAGGUGGUGAAUGACGACACUGGAUACCAGAGGGCAGAUUGAGCUUGGAACAAAAGCUCAAAUUCUGAUUCACUUAAAUAAAGGUUGGCCCUCCCUGGUCCAGCACUCUGAGGACCUGAGGUUAGUGCUCCCUUGCUGGCUGCCCCACUACUGGUCUCCUCUUGCUUGGGUUCCCUGCCACUGGCCCAGCACGGCUCCCUAUCUGGCUUCUCUCCCACUAGCCCAGCAUGGCUCCCCACCCACUACCCCAGGGCCUUCCAGGGUUCCCUGCGGGGACUGCUUGACCACUACUGGCCCUGCUGCCUCAGGAUGUUGUCUGAGAUACCUGGCUGCUGCUGCCAUCUGGGGUUUCCCAGCUGGGGUGCACAGCCCUGCCCUGCUGCUAGGGCUGUGUCUGCUGCUGCUGGGGAUUCCAGCAGCCUGGUCAACCCAGUCCUGCUGCCAUGGGGGGCUGCUCUGCUGCAACCGGGGAUUUCUUGGCUGGGGCAGCAGCUCCUUGGCUGUGGCCUAGCUCCACUGAAAUCAGGGCAGGGGCUUCCCAACCCUUGUGUUGCUCCUGUCUCUGGUGCUCUUUGGUCCUGCUGGACCAGAGUCCCAGAUUUGGGAGGUUCAAUCUGUACUGACAGAUCUGACAGAUAAC